UUCUAAGAAUUAUUGUCCAUACAAUAAAACACACAACUAUAAAAACUCAUGCGAUACUGCAUCCAAUACACAUUCUCGAAUAAUACUCAAAGAAGCAUAGUUUACAGAUAUGAAGCUAGUUUUGUUAUUGUGUCUGUUCGCCCUCGCAUAUGGGCAGGAUAAGUACGACUUAGAAGAUUUUAAUAUCGAAGAAGUUAUAAAUAAUGAUAGGCUUAUACUUUCAUACUCAAAGUGCUUUAUUAAUAAAGGCCCCUGUACACCAGAGAUCAAAAGAAUAAAAGAUAAAAUACCAGAGAUUUUGGAAACACAUUGUGCUAAAUGUACAGACAAACAAAAGGAAAUCGGUAAAAUCCUAUUUAACAAACUGAAAACAGAUCAUCCAGCAGCUUUUAAGGAAUUAGCAGCCUUCUACGAUCCCACUGGCAAAUAUCAAGAGAGUUUCAAAGACAUUCUGAACUAAAGUAUUAAUUGGAGAAUUAGCGAUGUUUAUUUUUAGAUCUCUUUUUAAGAAAAUGACCAAAUGAUUUAAGUGAGCUUUUAGAAAAACCUUUUUGUAUAAUAAAUCUAUUAUUUUAAUA